AUGUUUACAUCUCGUCUACACAAGGAGUUCAAAAUAAAGGAUCUCGGCCUACUAAGUUUUUUCCUCGGCUUGGAAGUUACUCAUACUUCUUCCGGUCUCUUUCUAAACCAAUCCAAAUAUGCUUACGACAUUUUAUCACGUGCGGGUCUUCUUGACACAAAACCCGUUUCCACUCCUCUAGCUUCAAAAGAUGUUUUCACCACCCAAGGACAACCAUUUCAUGAUCCUACCCUCUACCGAUCUCUCGUAGGCGCACUCCAAUAUCUCACAAUCACUCGUCCCGACCUCUCAUACGCCGUUAAUCAAGCUAGUCAAUUUCUUCAACAACCCACCACUACUCACUUUCAAUUAGUCAAAAGAAUUCUUCGAUAUGUCAAAGGCACAUUAUCUCAUGGUUUAACUUUUGAUCGACCACCUAACACUGUUUUGCUAGGUUUUUCUGAUGCAGAUUGGGCACGAUGUCUAGACACUAGAAGAUCCACCUAUGGCUACUGCAUUUACUUGGGAGGAAACUUAGUCUCCUGGAGUGCAAAGAAACAACCCACCGUUUCUCGCUCAAGCUGUGAAUCCGAAUACAGGGCGAUGGCUAACACCACUGCAGAAAUAAUUUGGUUGACAAAUCUACUACGUGAGCUUCAUGCCUUGCCUCAAACUCGCCCAACCUUAUUAUGCGAUAAUAAGAGUGCUUUGUUCCUAAGCCAAAAUCCAAUCUCACACAAACGAGCAAAACACAUUGAUAUCGAUUAUCACUUUGUUCGUGAAUUGGUUACUUCCGGUCGGCUCGACAAUAAAUUCAUCUCCACCGAUCAACAAGUUGCGGAUAUUUUCACAAAAAGUCUCCCACAACUCAAAGAUGAAGAAGAUAUUGCACCUUUUAGAGGUCUAUUUGGUCAUUUGAAAAAGCUUGAUUAUGAAGCCUCAGGGAAUGGAAAAUGGCGUCACAAUGAUACGAAUUCUGAUAACGAGGACGAGAAGAUGAAGGGGUUUAUGUAUACAAGAAGCAAAAGGUUUUUCAAGAUUGAAGAUGAUCAGGAAGAGAAAGACAAGUCAGACGAUGAAGAUACAGAAAGCGAUCAAGAUGUGUUAACUAUUCGUGGUCAACAUCCACAGAGUGGUAAGGUAGCUCAAGAGAAAAAGAAACCGACUGAGGAAGAACAAGACGAAACUUACAAACUAGUCUAG